GGAAAUGAUUUUGUUAUUGAUGAUAUAUCACUAGCUCCAUGCAUUCAAGCGGGUCAAAGCACACAAGCGCCACAGUCUACCACAGCACCAAUAUCAACGAAACAAGCUGAACCAGUUACACAGGGGCCACAGUCUACCAGAGCACCUAUUUCAAUUAUAAAAGCUCAAGGGGUUUGUACUGAUGUAUUGCGUAUUCCACUUCUACCGCAUACUUUUGGUGCAGAUAAAGCUGAAUAUUCUACAUUAGCUUCAGCUGCGUUAAGUUUUAGUACUACGUGCACAGAAAGAAAAUAG